CUUCAGGCUGUUCGCAAUGUGCGAUGAGUACUCUGUAAAUGUCAGGGUAUAUCAUUCCUUUCUCACAUGUGUUUUGCUUGUGGCCUGUUGUUAUUUUGAAAUACCACACUACGCAAAACCACAUUUAAAUCCAUUUCCAUUGGAAAUAGUGAAUAAUUUCUGUCGUUUGAGUCAAAUAAGCACCGGUGCAUCUGCAAAAUGGGUCGUACAAAUCGUUCACGGAAGCGUAAGGCAGAAAUGGAUCGCAUUAAAAAGGAACGAAACAGUAAAAAGGAACUUUUGAGGUUAAAGAAAACCCUUGGCCUGCUCGAUGAGCAUGGGAACGAGCUGAUCAAGAAAAUGGAGGAAGUCGUCGAAUACAAAACACCCGAGCAAUUGAGAAAGGAGAAACAAGAGAAAGAAGAACAAGAGAUUCUCGACGAAAUUGCUGAAGAAAAGGCCGACGGCGAAAUUGUUGAAGUGAAAAACGAAACAACUGGCGUCGUACACAAAUACAAUACGAAAACAAUGCGUGAUCAAUUCGGUUCGCUGCCCGUAUGGAAGACAAAACGAAAUACAGAGCGUAAAGUCCGCAAGAAGACACAUGCCAUGAAGAAACAGUUCAAUCAAGCGUGGUUGAAUAAAUUCGUUCCAAUUUAAAAGUGUUCCGUUUAUUGUUUGCUUUGUGUCAUUCAUCGGUGUGACAUUUUCAUUGGAAUUUUUAUACAUAAGAAAUGGAAAUAUAUUUGAGUUAAGGCGACAGAAAA